ACCCCACAGCCGUCAUUCCUGCCUAGCCGGCACGAACGAAGAGUCCCUAGUACACCUGGGAGCAAAAGUUGCUCCAAACUUUGCAAAAGUUUUCAAAGUGCAGUAGCAGUGAAAUAAAGUGGAUAAUCAUGAGAGACUCGACACGUAUUAACGAUGGACGUCACAGGAGUCGCGUUUUGCUCGUCGUCACAUUGGCUGUAGCGUUCUCUACCUACAUCGAGCAGGUGGUCAGCCUGCCUACGGAUCCUGGCAAUCAAUGGCCAACUUUUCCUCGCAGAAACAUAGCCGCAUUGGCUAGAGAUGGAUACCUCAAGAACUCUGUCGGUGGUUUCAAAAGAAGCAUUUCGACACUUGCUAAGAACGGCCAGCUGCCAACUUUCAAGUCCCCUUACGACGAAACGGAUAAACAGGAACAAGAUGAUGAAGCAUCGCAUCAAAAACGAAACUUAGCAUCCAUAGCAAGACUUCGUAGCUACUCGGCAAUGAAAAGAAAUAUUCAAGCACUUGCAAGAGACGGUUAUCGCGGCGGCAGAGGACAAUAUAGUCAGCAAAAUGAGAAACGAAAUAUCCAAUCUUUAGCUCGCAACGGACAGAUCCACAAAAAGGCUGAUUUUGCUGGCGACGACGAAUACUACUAUCCAUUCUAUCAAAAUCCGAUACCGCCAUUAUCAGAAAUUGAUGGUCCGUUUGAUUUCAAUGAAUUGUAUGAUUUACAACAGUCUGUGAACCCAGACAUGUUUCCACCUCUGUCUCAAGUAUACAAACGCAAUUCUGAUUAUGACGAAGACAGGUUGACUUCUGCUGACUUGGAUUCCUAUUGGGAUUUAAAGAGGGGUUCUGUAGGCUUGCCCGUUCACGGAUUGUUCAGACCAAAUUAUGUGGAGGCGAGUCCUAGAUCGAAGCGAUACAUUUUGUCGCUACCUGACGUCAUGGACCAUAAUGAUAUUCAUGACCCUGAAAAUAUUGAGUAUGGAACCGACGAUAAGCGUUCUGUAGAUGAAGAUAGCGAGGUUCGUGAAAAUUUUGAGAAACGUCACAUUGGAUCUCUUGCCCGGUUAGGUUUACUACCUUCAUUCAGAUUUUCAGGAGGACGCUAUAGUAGGUCUGGCAGGGCCAGACUCUUAUUGCCUAGUCAAGAAAUGUACAGGAAGCAUUCCUCUGACGAGAAUUUCGGAAUUAGGGAAUAUUUCACUAGUCCCGAAGUUGACGCAAACGGCGAUCCAGACUACGCCGACCUACCGCCGUCGGCAGUAUCUCCUAACUCGCACCCGACCGGGAGGAUCCUCCACCGACCAUUGAGCAACGACGUCCCCUCUGAAACCUCGUCGAUACCUUCCCCUCCGGUCCCUGCUCUCAAGUACAUCGAUCAAAACCACUGGCAGAAUACCAAAGAAGUCCCAAAGUUUUAUUACUUCCGUUCCCUUAAAGUUCCACAUCAUACGUCCGGCAAGCGAUACCUGUUGAUUCCAGCCGUAGACAACAUUUUGCUGAGGAAGAUCUACCGUAAUAGCAGUCUGCCAAGCCGGCGCAAGAACCAGUAGCUGUGUCAGUGCCCGCUAGGUGACGUCAAGUUGCUUAGCCGCCAAUGAACUUUUGUAUUGCACUUUAUCAAAUUAAUGUGCUCUACAUCGUCCACAGAUUAACUUACGAUGACCAAUGGCUACUCUCAUAUACUAAAUUUUUGAACUCGGGGAACAUAAAAGAAAGUAGACAAUAAUCUCAAAAAAAUAAUAAUAAUAAAUUCUUAUAUCGAUGUUAAAUGUUGUGAAUCUACGAUAGAUAAUUUUAGUUCAUUAAAUAUUUAUUUCAAUUAAUGUAAUUAUUAUUUAUUAGAGUAGGAAAGUUUAUCCGUUAAGUGAUCUCAUUUUUAUAAAAGUUUGGCCGGAUCGAAAAGAAUUGUCGUAGGAAAAAUUAUGUUGUCAAUCGCAAAUACUUAUGUGCUUAGAAUUAAAAAAAAUACAAAUAUGCUAAUGUAAUAUUCGUCUAAGAAAUUUAAAUGGCUACCUAUAUAUUAAAUAGUAUUAACAUUCUAUUCGCGCUUCAUUAUCUUUUAAAUGUGAUAACGCGUCAACAGAAAAAAAACCGAUUUAAAGGUCUCUUAAAUUAACUAGAAUAGUUCUGAGUUACUUACGCUGUGUUUGACAAAUAAAAUUGUAAAAUUUCUUUAAAAGUCGAUUUUGACUUUCAGCUUUUAAAUUCAAUCAAUAUGAACAUCUCUAAUUAUUAGAUUAAUAUCAUUAAAAUGUUUUGGGCGGAUAACGCCCGGUGGGUUUUCCGCAGCAAUAUUAAAGGUUUAGACAAUAAAUUGGACAAUGUGCGUGACCAUAAAAUGAUAAUAAUUUUUAACAUUUUACUCCAGUAG